AUGUUGAAAACAGUCAAAAAUUAAAUUGAAUAGUAAUAAGAAGAAAUCACUCCGAUAUUUAACAGUAUAAUGAAUUCAAUUUUAAGGAUUGCUGAAGAUUAUAAAGCAGAGGAUGACAGAUAUCUAAGACUUAUCAACCAAAAAUUAAAUCCUUUGGAAUGUUCUUCACUAGAAUUAGAUUUUCUUGUAUACUUUAAAGAGUAAUAUUUAUGAAGAUUGGAUUAUAAAUAAAAAAAUGGUUGUUUCUAAAAUUUACAAAAUAGAAGCAUUUUUAGAAAGAAUAGUAUAAAGUGGAUAUAAGACAAAUUUUCUGUAUGACUAAAUUCAUAACAAUUUUUUGUAGUAAACUUUAAUAUUAUGAAGCCCUUAUAAAAAGUUUGAAUCAAUUAUUGUUAAAUUGAAAGGAUUAGAUGCUUUCAACAAUCAAUUAGUAGAAACAUUAUUUUAUUUCAAAAAUUAAGAAAAUGGGGAUAAAAUUUAUAAAAUAAAUGGAUAAAUUCUUAGUAUGUAUGGUUAUUUAAUAUUUAAGAGAAAAACAUUAAUUAGGCUGAAAAAAUGAUUAGCCAUUACUUAAUCUAGAAUAAAUUAAAUAUUUAGAUUACUAAGGUUAAUAUGGAAUAAAAGGGUAUAAAAUCAAAUAAUGGAUCUAUUUUUGGAAAGGAUAAUAGGUUGGGGGUGGAAACUAUAAUUUAAUGGGAUAAAAGAAAGGAUUGUGGAUUGAUUUAUGUGAAAAUUAUUGGGAGUAUUCUAUUAAUAUUAGUAAAUUUUUUAUUAAAGGAAUAUAAUUGAAGAAGGCUUUUAUUAUCUAGUUAAAAGAAUUGGUAUUUGGAAUAUAAAUUGCAAUAUUGAGAAGGCAAGAAAAUAGGAAAAUGGAUAGAAUUAACUGA